AUGAAAUGCAAAAUCCUCCCAUCAGUCAAUCGCGAACUCCGCUCGAGAGGAAAACUGGAAAAGGACGUGGCAGGAUUAGGAGGAGGAGUAAUGGUAGUACGCUACAGUACUACAGUAUAAUGCAAAGCCAAUCACAAGCGUCAAAAUAACCUUCUUCUCUCCAAUCUCUCCGUCCCUCUCUUUCGCCUUUUCUUUUCUAUUUCUAAUAAUUCUAAUUUCAGCUUCUAUUAUCGUUUGUAUCAUAAAACAACCGCCUCGAUCCCAGUGAAUAAUUGUAAUUUAAAAGUUGAAGGAACAAAACAGCGGGUGGGGGUUUUAUUUUGUUGUGGCCGAGACAGCUUUUGGGGUUUGAAGAAUGGCAGAGAAAUCAUGUGUUAAGCGCCUUCAGAAAGAAUAUAGAGCACUUUGUAAGGAACCAGUUUCUCAUGUUGUUGCUCGUCCAUCCCCAAAUGAUAUUCUUGAUUGGCAUUACGUUCUGGAAGGGAGUGAAGGAACACCUUUUGCAGGUGGGUAUUACUAUGGAAAGAUCAAGUUCCCUCCAGAGUAUCCCUACAAACCUCCUGGAAUCACCAUGAUCACCCCCAAUGGACGUUUUAUGACACAGAAGAAAAUAUGCUUGUCCAUGAGUGAUUUUCAUCCAGAAAGUUGGAACCCUAUGUGGUCUGUAUCAAGCAUACUCACAGGUCUUCUUUCUUUCAUGAUGGAUAAUAGUCCUACUACUGGCAGUGUGAACACUACUGCUACUGAGAAGCAACGCCUGGCAAAGACAUCCCUUGCUUUUAAUUGUAAAAACCCAACAUUCAGAAAAUUGUUUCCGGAGUAUGUAGAUAAGUACAACAAGCAGCAGCAGCUUGUGUCAGAGAAUUUAUCACCAGAAUCACCUCAAGAUUCUAAACCUGAGAUGAAAAAACUUGUUGACUCUUCAGGGGAAGAUGUUAAAAUAGCAGGUACCCUGAGGGAUACAAGAAGAAACGGAAAACAGUCAUUCCCAACGUGGAUGAUGCUGUUGCUAGUUUCCAUCUUUGGUAUUGUAAUGGCAUUGCCGCUGCUUCAACUUUGAUAGCUGGGGCACAACAUGAACAAAAUUUGUAGUGGUUAGUGAGUAUACAGUCUCUAGUUGAGGGAAUCGUUUUCAAUGCUCCUUAGGUUUGUCGUGUACUAGAAAGAAUGUUUGGGGGGUUUGAUUCCAAGGAGGGUCAGUUGGAUCCUAACUGAUGUUUCUCCUAUGUUGAUGUUGGUAAUUUACCAUUGACUUUGAAACAUUACAUGCAUAUGAUGUUGAUUGUAUUUUAGUUGGAGCCUGUUGGUCGAUUUGGUUUUAUACUUUUUCUGCCUAUCUCUAAUGCA